AUAUAUGUAAAUAAAAAAAUAAAAUUUAAAAAGUCGCUUUCUAAGCAUUUCUAGUGUCCUGUAAUAACCCGAAAACGACCUUUCCCCCAAUUUCCUCUCUCGCUGUUGCGCGGAGCUUGUGCCGUGAUAGCGCUUCCACGGGUGCAAGUUCAAGCCAACAUGGCUGCCUUCAGUAAGUCAAUUCCACACAACUGCUACGAAAUUGGACAUACCUGGAACCCUUCGUGUACGGUUUCGACACUGCAGGUUACCGCUGGAGCCCUUGAGGUGUCUUUUAAAAUAUAUGCACCCUUGUAUCUUAUUGCUGCUAUCCUCCGGAGGAGAAAAAGGGAUUACUACUUGAAAAGACUGCUACCUGAAAUUCUUCAGUCAACCUCAUUUCUGACAGCAAAUGGAGGACUGUACAUUGCAUUCUUCUGCAUUCUCAGGAAGCUUCUGGGCAGGUUCUAUUCAUGGUCUGCAGGAUUCGGGGCAGCACUGCCGGCCUCCUACAUCUCCAUCCUGAUUGAACGGAAAAGCAGGAGAGGACUGCUAACCAUAUACAUGGCAAAUCUGGCAACAGAAACGAUAUUCCGGAUGGCAGUCAAAAGAGGAAUGGUUAACCCUGUCAAACAUGGAGAGAUACUUCUGUUCUGCUUGACUGCCUCCAUCUACAUGUUCUUUUUCCGCAGCAAAGAUGGGCUCCAGGGAUUUUCAUUCUCUGCUCUCAAAUUCAUAGUGGGGAAAGAGGAGCUCCCCAUGCAUUCACAACAGAUGGAACACACAUCCAGGAGGGCACCAGUGAGGGGCGCUAUCGAGUCAGAGAGCGAGAGCAGAGAGAGACCACAGCCCCAGCCUGCCUCCAGCAGAACCACCAUCGCUGCCCUGACCCAGAGACUGCUGGACUCUGUGUGCAAGCGUGGGCCCAGACACAGAUGUUGUAAACAUUACCAUGACAACUGCAUCUCAUACUGUGUCAAGGGAUUUAUCCGGAUGUUCAGUGUGGGCUACCUGAUCCAGUGUUGUCUGAAGGUUCCCUCAACGUUUCGGCAGGCUUUCACCAAACCCUCCCGCCUGCUGUCUCUGCUCUACAACAAGGAGAACUUCCAGCUGGGGGCCUUCCUGGGCUCCUUUGUUAGCAUAUACAAGGGCACCAGCUGUUUGCUGCGGUGGGUGCGUAACCUAGACGACGAGCUCCACGCUCUUGUCGCUGGCUUCCUGGCUGGGAUCUCCAUGUUCUUCUACAAGAGCACCUCCAUCUCCAUGUACCUGUUCUCCAAAUUGGUGGAGACCAUGUACUUCAAAGGCAUCGAGGCCGGGAGGCUACCCUAUUUUCCUCACGCGGACACCCUGAUCUACGCCGUUUCUACAGCGAUCUGCUUCCAGGCGGCAGUGAUGGAGGUGCAGAACCUGCGGCCUUCGUACUGGAAGUUCCUGCUUCGGCUCACCAAGGGCAGAUUUGCAUUGAUGAACCGGAAGGUUCUGGAAGUGUUUGACACUGAUGCCUCACAGGAAUUCGGAGACUUCCUUCCCAAACUGGACCCCAGGUACACGCUGGUCCCGCCGGCUGUGAGCCUCCCGCUGGACUGAGCAGGCCUGUGCGGGGGUGGGGUGUUGGGCUGGGGUCGCCAUCCGACCCGGUCCAAAUCAGACCGGUCAGUGUUACAUCUGUGUGAAGCAGCUGCAGCGCUGACCGAUUUCAAAGUGCCUAUAAUGCAACAGACGUACACAAAUGCAUAACGUUUUCAUCCACAUUUACAGCAGUUUAUAAUCUCAGCCCAAGGUCCAGUUUGUGGUGAUGAAUAUUUCUAAAUGGUGAUCCAGUAUUAGCAGGUUUUAUGUGGGGUGUGUUCAGGGAUGUGAGGGAGUAGGUGGGGAUGGAGACUGAAGUUGGCGUGCUACCACAAUAUUGCGUUUUUUGUAUUUCUCACUUUAGUUGAAUGGUUUGACAUUAAGAAAUGUUCUGGACCUUUGUCUUAUGAAUAUUGUAUAGGGUAAGUAUACAGAUGAAAACUUUCAGUGACUAUUUUUUUUAGUGAUUACGCAUGGAAGACACGCAAGGUCUAACCUUGAAUUUUCUUUCGGAAAGGGUGCAGAUGUUAAUGUUUUUAUUUACUGUGAUAUUAAUUUGGCCAUGUUGUGUUGAACAGGCUUGCUUGAAAAUGUCUAUUGUCUUAAAUGAACAGUUUAUUUUAGAUAAAAAAUGGUAUUUGGGUUCUUGGAAAGGAAUUCCAUUAUUUUUCAGACUUGCUGUCUUAUCAUUUGUCAUCUGUUAUUUCCAUAGUGAAAGCAGUUUAGGGAGAAGAGACAUAGGGAAUGGUGUGUGUGUAUGGAUGGAUGAGUUCAGAAGGUUCUUAGCUGCAGUUUUUGGAUUAGUAUGGGUAGAAUGGGCAGGCGGAGGGAAGGGAUCUUGCUUGAGAUUCAGAAUGGUAAAAAUGGGAAAUAAAUGUUGACUGCUCUCAGUGUUUGCCAUGGCUGGAUCAGACCACUUAUACUGAUGGCAGGCAAGAUGUCUUGUUUACAAGACUUAUGCAGAAAUUGCCAGAUUAUAUAUCUUGCAAACUAGCAAGGUAAUGUUCUGCUUGACUCAUGAUUGGUACUUAAGCUGUAUGUUUAGAAACUGUUAAAAUUUUUAUCAAGCUUUUAUUUUAAUUUGUUUACAUCACAGGUGCCUUCUAAGGUACCGAUCAUUUGCACCCCAAACUUGUGGGUUUACUGUGAUUGAAAGCUGACGAUAAGUGAAACUUAAUUUAAUUGUCUACACAGCAGAGUUUAUCUAGCAAUAAAUAUGACGUUUAAUAGUACAUGACAUUAUAAUUCAUAUAUCCAUAUAUGAAACUGUAAUUUAUGUAAAAAUGAAGCUGUAUAUUUGUGUUUUGAUUUGGGGAAGGUGGAAGAGCUUUCUGUUGAAAUUUGCUGAAUUCAGCCAUGAACUGUAUUUCUGUAAUGGUUACUGGGAAUAUAUUAAAAUUAUUCGGACUGACUUGGAAUAGAC